UCCAAUUUCCUCAGCGAGAAGGAGAAGAAGCCAUUUCUGUACUCAUCGUUAAAGAAAAAUGGCGCCGCUGAGUUGGCGGCACCAUACCCUAAUACAGUCGCUGCUGUCGCGUGGCCCGCUCAACGAAGACGAUUUCUUCUCUAUUUUCUCGCAACUCACUGUCAAAAAUUCAGGGUCACGGCAGCAACAAGAGCGGAAACUGUUCAAUGAGUUUCUCAGGAAGAUAAAUGCAGAGUUGAGCUUUGUGCAGUUGGAACUGCGAGCAUGCCGGAACCAGUAUGAUGGCCAUGUGUAUUACGGCGUUGUCAACAAUGUCGAGGAUGACCAGUCCAAGCUUGGGACAAAGUACACAGUUCCUCAGAUUGCUUUCUACAAAGGCAUUGUUGAAGCUAUUAUACACGAUGCUGAAGGUGAAGGCUGCAUUUUCAAUACAGCUGCUCUAUACAUAAGGCUAGAAACACAGGUUCAUGGGGCAAACGAUUCCCAAUCUCAGGGAGUUGCUAGCCAGAUCCCCCCUGCAUUUAAGAAUUUCUCCAUGGCACAAAAGGAAAAAACUUUAGAUCAACUAGUGAAUGACCAGUGGCUUUGCUCAAUGCCAGAAGGAAAAAUUGGUAUUGGAGUUAGAUCAUUUCUAGAUCUGCGUAGUUGGUUUCGGACUAAUGAGGUUCCUGCAUGUGAAGUUUGCAAUGAGGCUGCCAUCAAGGCUCAACUUUGCCCCAAUGAAGCUUGUAACGUCCGACUUCAUUCCUACUGUCUGCAAAAGAAAUUCUCUGGACAAAGGGUCGAAAGAGUUUGCUCGGGUUGUGGCACGCAGUUGCAAGGCUCAACAGUUAAAGAAGAGCUCAUAGAAGAAAUAAGCAAUGCAAAUGGUUCUUCUCAGAGACGUGCAGAAUCUUCUAGAAAGAGGAGACGUAGACCAAUUCAGGAAGCUAGUGCUGACAUUGACACCGCAGGAGAUGAUUCUCCUCCUAUGUCGAAACCAAAAAGAGCGACUAGAAGCUCUGCUCGGCUCAGUGCUGGUGAAUGAGGAUGCUGCCUAUUUUUUGACUACUUUCCCCAUAUAGAACUAGUUCUGUGUGGUGCUGAAAGUUAAUACAGUCUUCUGUAAAUGUUUUAUUUCCUUUUGAAUCCUGUAAAUGGUAGCCCGGUAGAUUUCGUGGUAUGGGCUCAUUCGGCCCGACCCAUUUGACAUCACUAGCUCGAACUGGCGCCUCGAGUUUCAUGUAGAUCAUCAGCGAACUUCGCUUCUAGAACCUUUCAAGUAUCAUUGAAGAUUGCA